AUGACCUCCGAAAUUAUGUACCGCCAGUAUAUCGGUGAAUCCGACCUUCCCCACGUCAUGGCGCUCGUUCAGAACGAGCUCAGCGAGCCAUACGUUAUAUACACCUUUCGUUAUUUCCUACACCAAUGGCCAGUCCUCCAUCCCUCUAUCUAUAUCGCAACUAACACCAUCCUCUAUCUACAGGCCUCACCUAUCCUUCCUGUGCGCUUGUCCGAAACUCUAUUCGAGGCGAUGAAGGAGGACGGAGUCGAGGAGAUCGUAUUGGAAACCGAGUAUGAUAACCAUGCCGCGCUUUCACUCUACGAAUCCCUGGGCUUCAUCCGUGAAAAACGGCUCUAUCGCUUCUACCUGAAUGGCAAGGAUGCUUUCCGCCUGAUUCUCAGCGUUCCGCCCAGUGAUAAUGUUGCUGCUGGCAAGGUUAGGAGGGGAAAUGUGUAUGGGGCUAUCCAGGUGUCUGAUUAUACCGACGACGAGGAUGAUGAUGACUCGAGUGUGUCGGAGCGUUAA